AGCAGCUAGCCAGCCGAGAGGGGAGGAGCCUGAGGGCUUUGGCUUCUCAAGCUUCCUCCUGAUGUCACCGUUCAGCUGCUGCAAUUCAGAGUCCCUGUGAAGGGAGGACAGUCCAGGAAGGGGAGGGCUUUUGAGGGGAGACAAGAGGAGGGGGAGGCAGAACGGGUCGGGGAAGGGCUCGCGGAGCUCCUUAGUCAGUAGUCACGUAGGAAGGAGCAACAAUGGGGCCUGCCUACCUGAGAAAAUCACCAUCUGCAAGACGUCUGUGGCUGAGAUCAGGCCUGCUGAUGCUAUGAGCGCAUUCAUGUGGUUUUGAGAGAGAGAGAGAGAGAAGAGAAAAAAGGAGGACAAUAGAAAGAAGGAAAAGACAUGAAGGGAGGGGAAGAGAUGUUGGGUGGUGAGCUGUGAGCAGAUCUGGAAUGCCAUUGUUAGAGCUGCUCUGUGUUGCAGAGAGGGACAGCUGGCUCUGAGGCCUGCUUGCUCAUGUGGGACAGGCAACCCAGUUCACCGUGAAUUUCCCCCCACAUCUCCAUAUAGACAGACAGACAGAGAGACAGACAGAGAGACAGACAGACAGACAGACAGACAGGUGGUGCCUGAACUCAGCUAACCGGGAUUCAAGGAAAGGAAGUAUACGAUGAAUUUGGGGAGUGGCUUUUUUUAAAGCUUCCUCUUCCCUCUCCUUACUCUCAAAGAAAAGGGGCCUAUAGCUAUAACUGUCAGUGGGGAGCUUUACCUCUUGGUGCUAGGUGAUGUGCAGGCCUGAUUAGCCUUAUCCCAAGUCAGACCGAGAGAGCAGUUGUGUAGAUGCUACCUCGAAGGAGAAGUUACAACCCCUGCUGUUGGAACAGUGGAUGAAAGAUGAGGCGAGGCUGAAGGAUUGUACAGUCACAGGACUGUGACGCAUGAAGAGGUGAUGGGUUAAGCGGUCGCUGUGCCCCCUUUGAAUGUCCGUCACUAUGGCUAAGCGUGAGACCGGCAGCACCAGCCCUGUGGUCAGGCAGAUAGACAAGCAGUUCCUGGUCUGCAGCAUUUGUUUGGACCAUUAUCACAACCCCAAGGUCCUGCCCUGCCUGCACACCUUCUGUGAGAAAUGCCUACAGAACUACAUCCCUCCCCAGUCUUUGACGCUGUCCUGUCCAGUAUGCAGACAGACCUCUAUCUUGCCAGAGAAGGGUGUGGCAGCCCUGCAGAACAAUUUCUUCAUCACAAACCUAAUGGAGGUGUUACAGCGAGACCCAGAGUGCAGCCGACCUGAGGCCUGUAAUGUUCUUGAGUCCGCCAGUGCAGCUACAGCCUGUCAGCCCCUCUCAUGCCCCAACCAUGAGGGCAAGGUGAUGGAGUUUUACUGCGAGUCAUGUGAAACCGCCAUGUGUCUGGAGUGUACAGAAGGAGAACACAGGGAACAUGUGACUGUUCCUCUGAGGGAUGUGCUGGAACAGCACAAGUCAGCGCUAAAGAAUCAGCUGGAUGCUGUGCGCAACAGACUACCUCAGCUGACGGCUGCCAUUGAGCUUGUGAACGAGAUCUCCAAGCAGCUUACAGAGCGGAAAAAUGAGGCAGUGACUGAAAUCAGUAACACUUUUGACGAGCUGGAGAAGGCCUUACACCAACGCAAGACCGCUCUUAUCACUGAGGUGGAAAACAUCUGCAGCACUAAGCAGAAGGUGCUUCAAGCCCAGCUGACCUCUUUGCUUCAGGGCAAAGAGAACAUUCAGAGCAGCUGUAACUUCACAGAGCAGGCCCUGAGCCAUGGCAGCGCCACUGAGGUCCUAUUGGUCCAGAAGCAGAUGGGUGAGCGGGUCAGUGCCCUGGCGCGACACACCUUUCCCGAGCAACCCCAUGAAAAUGGACAUCUGGAAUGCCAGGUAGAGACGGACGGACUGAGGCGGUCCAUUCAGAACCUGGGAGUCCUGAUCACAACAGGGACUGUCGGCCAUACUAGCGUUGCCACCGGCGAAGGUCUGCGCCAUGCACUGGUCGGCCAGCACACCACUGUCACAGUCACUACUAAAGACAAGGAUGGAGAACUAGUGAAGACGGGUAAUGCUGCUCUGAGGGCAGAGAUUAUCUCUGCAGAUGCAGUGUGCACUGAAGCUGAGGUGGCGGACAACAAGAACGGAACCUAUGAGGUCGGAUACACCAUCCGCUCAGAGGGAGAAUUCACCUUCUCUUUGCUGCUGUACGAGCAACCUGUGAGGGGGAGUCCGUUCCGCUUGCGUGCCGUCAAGCCGUCAGACGUCCUGCAGUCACCAGACGACGUGAAGAGAAGAGUGAAGUCUCCGAGUGGAGGAGGAGGUCAUGUUAGACAGAAGGCUGUGCGCAGACCCUCCAGCAUGUACAGCACCACCAAGAAAAAGGAAAACCCAAUAGAGGAUGAGCUGAUCUACAGAGUGGGAACAAGAGGGCGAGAUAAAGGAGAAUUCACUAACCUACAAGGCAUCUCCACCUCCAGUAAUGGACGGAUUGUGGUGGCAGACAGCAACAACCAGUGUAUACAGGUGUUCUCAAAUGAUGGCCAGUUUAAGAUGCGGUUUGGGGUCAGAGGUCGUUCACCAGGGCAGCUGCAGAGGCCCACGGGGGUCACAGUGGACGUGAACGGUGACAUAAUUGUCGCCGAUUACGACAACAGAUGGAUCAGCAUCUUCUCCUCGGAUGGCAAGUUCAAGAGCAAAAUCGGAGCCGGGAGAUUGAUGGGACCCAAAGGUGUGGCUGUGGAUAAGAAUGGACAUAUCAUCACGGUUGAUAAUAAGGCCUGCUGUGUCUUCAUCUUCCAAUCAAACGGGAAGCUGGUGACAAAGUUCGGCGCCAGAGGAACAUCAGACAGACACUUUGCAGAAAAAAGUGGUGCAAACAUUGCACUGGAACAAAAGCUUAGUAAAUCUGGCCCUGUUUUCAGUCCUCACUUUGUGGCCGUAAAUAACAAAAAUGAAAUUGUGGUAACAGACUUUCAUAACCAUUCAGUCAAGGUGUACAAUGCAGAUGGGGAGUUCCUGUUUAAAUUUGGCUCCCAUGGAGAGGGGAACGGCCAGUUCAACGCUCCAACAGGCGUCGCUGUGGAUGCCAACGGAAAUAUCAUUGUCGCUGAUUGGGGCAACAGUCGGAUCCAGGUGUUCGACAGCUCAGGGUCCUUCCUAUCCUACAUCAACACAUCAGCGGACCCCCUCUACGGCCCUCAGGGUCUGGCCCUCACAUCUGAUGGUCAUGUGGCGGUGGCGGACUCUGGGAACCACUGUUUCAAGGUCUACCGCUACCUGCAGUAGAUACCUGAGACAGCCAUCUUCGUCACUGCAAGCACUGACAACGACACAACCAAUGUUUUCCCCAGGGUGCAAUCCAAUACAGCCUUUUGAUGUGCACAUCACAUGAUCUCCCGGAUAUAAUUAGGUGUCUGAUCCUGAGUUUACCCUCCCUAUGAUGUGUAUUGAAGGUUGUUGUAAAGUUGGAUAAUGUAGCAUCCUUGGGACAAGUAAUGGACUUAAAGCUAUGGACUGGUUUUAGAGAAUGUUCAAAAUACAUUUUUGUGUGUUGUACGCUGUUGAUGGUAUUAUUCAACCACACUUUUUGUGAGACCGGACAGGGUAGGAUAUAGAUUGAAGUAUUUAAUGAGCCAUAACUUGUCCAAAUGCAUGAAGUUUUAUUUAAUCUUAAUGCCUAGGCAACAACACAGUGUACCCAUUGGUUGCUUUUCUCACAAACUAGUUAAUGCUUACAGUGAAAUGAACGACGCUACGCUUCCCCAGCAAUGAAAUGUAAAAUUUCUCAAUUAUUGACAUCUUGCAUAAAAAACAUGUCAUCACCAUCUGUGCAUUGAUUUGCUGUAUGUACUGUA